GGAGCCGCGUUUUUCUUUUUUGUUUGCCACACGCCAGAUACCCGAGAGCAUGGCCGCCUGAGAUCUCUCACUGAAGCGUGACUAUAUCAGCAUGGCAUCAGAAACACACACGCCCCGCUCCGGCGCCCAAACACCUUACCGCAGGUCUGCACACGCAGAAGCGAAGAUGUGUCACGGAUUGGAUGCCGCUGUGUCUUAUUUGCUUGGCUGCAGAAUGAUGUCUGGCGGCGGUUCAGGCCAGCGUCGGAUGUUCCUUGCCGAGCACACAGACGAAGCCCAGUAUGCACAGAUGUUCAAGCGCGGCGGCAAGACGUCGUUUGUGACGCACAAUGGCAAGUACAACAUCCUGCUCAAGUGGGCGUUCAUGUCGCGGCUGUCGGUACUCUACUGGCGGGACCGGUUCCACAACCUGCUGGUGGUCAAGUGGUGGAUGCUCGUCUGCAUCCUCUUCUCCCUCUACGUCAUCUGGGGCACCAUACUCGCUCUCCUCACGUUCCUCGUCACGGCCGGGCAAGUCGAGGAGUGCCUGGGCGACGUGGAGGGCUAUCUCAACUACUACUGGUUCGCCAUCGAGACCAUGUUUGCCGUCGGCUACGGGUCGCCCAGGAUGCCCACGUGCCACGCCGCCAACUGGAUGGUCACCUUCAUGGCCGGCAGCGGGGCCGUCCUCAACUCGAUUGUCGUCGGCAUCGUCUUCAACAAGUUCAGCGACGCCACCAAGCGGCGACACUCAGUGGCCUUCUCGCACGUCCUGGUGGGGGGCGACAUCGACGCGAGUGAUGCAGCCAUGGCUAUGCAGACAGGCCUGCCGGCAGCAGGUGUGUCAGGCCUCGGUGGCGUCGGCCAGGCCACCCUCAUCCCGCCUAGCACCGCCCCUCGCGCCAGCUCGAUGCUGCCGAGUCUGUCAGAGAUGGAUGAGGAGGACGGCAGCCCCCCUCCCUCGCGCAAGAGCACACUCGAGGACAGGAAGGCCGAGUCCCCCCUCUCCCCCCGCCGCACGCUGCGGCCCAGCCAGUCGUUCCAGGUCGGCCGCAAGAAGACCCUCGGCGGCACGAUCUACCCCUCAACUGGAGGGGCCACGGGGCUGGGCCGGCUGUCGGUGGCCGCGGCGGCGGGGGCGUCGCAGCCAGGCAUCGCUCGCAUGUCUUCGGGGCUCGGGGCGUUUGGGCAGAUGCAGGGCGCCGAAAGCCCGCCCACCCAGCAGAUGCGGCCGCUUGAGGUGGAAGAGAAGCAGCACUUCUCGCUGACGUUCCGCAUGAUGAACUUGGCGUCGUCGCCCUUCAUCGACCCCUCGCUCACCAUAUACCUCCUCGAACACGACCCUGAAGACCUGGUGAGCCAGCCCACCAUCCCACCAUCUCUCCAUACAAAAGAGGAACACGCACCGACAUCAAUGCAUGCGUGUCUGUGUGUCAUGGCAUUCGUUGCUCAGAUGAUUCACCGUUUCAACCGUUUUUUCACCAACAUCCCCCUGGAGUUCCUGUCGCUGCCCGUGUCGGUGACGGUGGACUCGUGCGACCCCGACUCGCCCCUGUACGGCCUCACCCCCGACGAGCUGCAGCAGCACGGGUCGGCCUUCGAGCUGGUGGUGCUGCUCAACCUCACCGACAACCUCACCAGCCGCACCGUGGAGAUCCGCAAGAGCUGGAAGCUCGACAACAUCCACUGGAAUAGGAACUUCAAGAACAUCAUCCGCCGCACCGGACUGGUCGACCACGGCGCAUACGAGAUCGAUGUCGACGACUUCCACAUCACCGAGGAGGAAGACUCGUGGCUGUAGGGUGUGGGGUGGAGAGAGGGGGCAUGGAAGGGAGGAGAGGAGACAGGUGCAGGUAGCUGGCUGGCUUCGGUUUUGCGCCCUCGGUCUUCCUUCUUUCGGUAUCUGUAGAGUGAGUGUUUUCUGCCCGUUUGUGUACAUGUACGCGUCUGUCUGCACGUAUUUCUUUACACGACUCCACGGCACUUUUUAUCCCACUGCGUGUGUGUGCGUCUCUUAUAUACAUGCAUGUACCAUCCAUUCCACUACGUAUCCAUGUGUACAUGGGGGCCGCCCCAGACAGACCGACAGACAGGCAGGCCCCUCACUCGUUCAUGUGUAGCGCUUAAAUGAAUAUCUGUCCGUGUGUGUGUACUUGUAGGAGAGAGGAGAGAGAGCCGUCCGUCCAUGUGUGUAUGUGCUUUCUUCACGGUGCCUGCCUGCCUGCCUGCCUGCAAUUAGCCAAGAGGCCUCUGUCUCACAUCUGGGGAUGACUCGGCAGACGUGAAUCGUGUGUUGUCCUAUCUUUGGUCUUAUCUCCGUUCGCUUGCUUGGAGGAAAGGGCACCUGCAGUGUCAGCGCGGAGGCACCAGAGGCUGCCCUUGCAUCCACACUGGUGAACGGCGAGAGAGCAAGACAAUGCGACGACCAUGCCCACCAUCUCUCCAUUUGUAUACAUGCGUUAUUGAUCUUGAUCGCGUGGCCGAGAGGCUCGUGCCGCCGUCUACAUAUCCCCCUUGUGGACGUCGGUGCUUUUUGUGUGGCUCUCUGUUUGUGGGCCAUGCGAGAGAGACCUGUCUAUACAAACACUCAUGCUAUUGCUAAUUUGUGUGUCUG